GGCAGCUGAAUCCCUCUCUCUUUCUCCCUCCUCCUUCCUCCUCUCCUCCUCCUCUUCUUCUUCUUUCAGCUUCACCAUGUAGGCAAACGGGCCCCCUUCCCUUUUUGCAUGGAGCAGGUUCCUUGACGUCAGAUCUAUGAAUAUUGCAAGGAGAAGCCGGAUUGCGAGAGCGACGGCUGCUGCUCGAUGUAGGCAAGAAGGGCUCUAUGCUCGGGUGGACCGCGGCGGCGGUGGUGGCGGCGGCGGGCAGGAGGCGCUGAUUGCCGCAGCUUUGGAGCAGGAGGAGAGCAGGCGCUUGCUGGCCGAGCGGGAGCGCGGAGGAGGCCGGCCGCCGUGCGGCCAGCCGGGCUUGCUACUGCUGCGCCGAGAGGAGGAAGUUCUGGGCUGCGCGUUCCUUCCCCACCACCAGGAGGUGGCCCCUGGGGAAUGUGACAUCAGCACGAGGCACUGGGGCAGGAGGAGAGGCAGGCUGCCGGGGAGCUCCUGCGCCGCCGCCGCCGCCGCCACAGCCAACUCGCUGCCCGCGCCCGUGCCCGCGCCCGCUCCCCGCCUUCUGCCGCCAGCCAGCAUGUCUGCGAAAGAGCGACCCAAAAGCAAAGUGACCAAGGAGAGCGUCACCCUGUUGCCUUGCUUCUAUUUCGUCGAGUUGCCCAUCCUGGCAUCUUCUGUUGUUAGCCUCUAUUUCCUCGAGCUUACUGAUGUCUUCAAGCCAGUUCACUCCGGAUUCAGCUGCUAUGACAGAAGUCUGAGUAUGCCAUACAUUGAACCUUCACAAGAGGCUGUUCCUUUCUUGAUGUUACUCAGUUUGGCUUUUGCUGCACCUGCCAUUAUGAUCAUGGUGGGAGAAGGCAUUCUCUACUGCUGCCUUUCUAAGCGCCGGAAUGGAAUUGGAGCCGAAGCUAAUAUCAAUGCUGGUGGCUGUAACUUCAACUCUUUCCUUAGAAGAGCAGUCCGAUUUGUUGGUGUCCAUGUAUUUGGUCUUUGUGCUACUGCCCUCAUCACUGAUAUCAUACAGCUGUCAACUGGGUAUCAAACACCGUAUUUCCUGACUGUAUGCAAACCUAACUAUACAUCCCUCAAUGUCUCCUGCUCAGAAAAUUCUUAUAUUGUGGAGGAUAUUUGCUCAGGCUCUGAUCCCAUCAUCAUCAACGAUGGAAGAAAGUCAUUCCCUUCGCAACAUGCUACCCUGGCAGCCUUUGCAGCUGUGUAUGUUUCGAUGUACUUCAACUCCACUUUAACUGACUCCUCGAAACUUCUGAAACCACUUUUAGUCUUCGCAUUUAUCAUCUGCGGAAUUAUUUGUGGACUGACUCGCAUCACCCAGUACAAAAACCAUCCAGUUGAUGUUUACUGUGGCUUUUUAAUUGGAGGUGGAAUUGCCCUUUAUUUGGGACUGUAUGCUGUGGGAAACUUUCUGCCAAGCGAAGAGAACACGUUUAAUCAGAACCAGCACAGAGAACCCUUAAGAUCUUUGACUGACCUGAGCCAAGAUGCCAACAGGAUUUUGCCAGGUAAAAAUGGCAGUAGUAAUGAUGCCAUCUCCACUCAUCAUGCUGAAAGUAUGUUAAAUAGGAACCACAGAGACACCGGCUCACUGACUAACCUCAAAAGAGCAAAUGCUGAUGUGGAGAUCAUAACGCCACGAAGCCCAAUGGGGAAAGAAAACAUGGUAACCUUCAGCAACACUUUGCCAAGAGCUAACACACCCGCAAUGGAAGAAUCUGCUAGACGGAAUGCAACAAUUCAUGCGUCUAUGGAUUCUGCCCGUUCAAAGCAGCUUCUUUCCCAGUGGAAAAACAAGAACGAAAGUCGGAAGUUAUCCUUGCAGGUCAUUGAGACAGAAUCUGGGCAGUCACCACCUCGAGCAAUUGAAAUGAGGUCAAGCUCUGAGCCAUCCAGAGUGGGUGUUAAUGGGGAUCACCAUGGCCCUAGCAAUCAGUACCUGAAAAUUCAGCCUGGUAGCAUGCCAGGCUGUAACAGUGCUGGCCUUUCUGGUGGGCCGAGAGUUUCUAUUCAGUCACGCCCUGGCUCUUCACAGCUUGUGCAUAUUCCCGAAGAGACACAGGAGAAUGUGAACACGUCUCCAAAAACUAGCUCAGCUCGAGCAAAGUGGUUGAAAGCUGCUGAGAAAACUGUUGGCUGCAGAAGCAACAGUCAGCCAAGAAUCAUGCAGGUCAUUGCCAUGUCAAAGCAGCAAGGCGUACUUCAGGGCAGCCCUAAGAGCUCCGAGGGCAGCACAGUCACUUGUACUGGAUCCAUCCGCUACAAAACCCUGACAGAUCAUGAACCAAGCAGUAUUGUAAGAGUAGAAGCGCAUCCUGAGAACAACAGGCCUAUUAUUCAGAUGCCAUCAGAAGGGGAAGGGAGCAGCUCAUGGAAAUGGAAAGCUCCCGAGAAAGGAAGCCUUCGUCAAACAUAUGAGCUAAAUGAUCUCAACCGAGACUCUGAGAGCUGUGAAUCUUUGAAAGACAGUUAUGGAUCCAGUGACAGAAAAAGAAGUAACAUCGAUAACAGUGAACACCACCACCAUGGGAUUACUACGAUAAGGGUGACACCAGUGGAAGGCAGCGAGAUUGGUUCAGAGACCCUGUCCAUUUCCUCUAGCCGUGACUCCACACUUCGAAGAAAAGGUAAUAUCAUUUUAAUUCCUGAAAGAGGCAGCAGCCCAGAGAAUACCAGGAAUAUCUUCUACAAAGGAACAUCCCCCACAAGAGCUUAUAAAGAAUGAAAGCUAAUGUUUCAAUUGAGCAAUGCCACUAACACUCAAUACAUUUGGUACACGCUUUGUGCUCUCUUUAGUUUUGAGCUGAUGCCGAAAUAUCCUUGAUGUGCCAAAAUAUCAACCAUCAGCCUGACUGUUUUUGGAUGUUGCUGAUGUGUAGUGAUUGUGCAUGAGUUUGUGGAUUUCAUGUCGCGGGGGGAAAAGCACAAUGCAAGAACCUAACCAAUGGGGAGUGUUUCCUAACAGGGUUUUUUUUUUUCCAGACUCGAAAUGUUUCUCCAGUAGAAACAAGGUCAACAAAAACAGCUAUCUUAAAUACAAACACCUUAUUUCCUGAAUGUGCCAACUUUUUGAUUUAUAUAUAUUUGCAAGGACAGAUGGGGAGGGUUGUGUUUUGUUUUGUUUUCCUUUUCCCUGUACAGCAAAAGCUGUACCAGUGUUGUACUUCACCUUUGCGGAUUUUGCACCAAAAUUUAAUACAAGUCGGUGCUGAUUCUAACUUUACAUUUUUGGAAACUUUACAUACAACAGACACAUGAUAUUUUGAUGUGUAGUUCCUUUCCAAUUAAUAUUGCUGAAAAUAUGCUGGCUGCAUUCAUUUAGAGUAGGAAAAAUACUGACAGCUUUGUUAUAGUGGAUCCUUCACAUAAAAGAUUGCAGAGGUUUUGUGUAGUUCUUUGAAAUGUUUACUGGAACAAAAAAAAAUUGUGGGUCAUACUCCAUGAAAAUGGAAUUGUUUUCUCUCCUGGUUAGUUUCGCAGCUACUUCCCAAAACGUGUGUAGUUACAGGUGCUACUAACAAAGAGGUUGCUUCUUAGUGAGCUAACUGGAAUUGAUUUAAACAUUGUUUUUUAACAGGGAUCUCUUAUAGCACUAAUUUACAUUCUUCACUUCUUAACUAUUUUUGAAUUUAUCCCAUUGAUGAACUUUUCCUUUUUUGUUCAUUAUUGACUAGAUACUGCUUCACACAGAGAAUUGCAACUUUGCCUUCCUUGGAGGCAUAGUUCUUCUAUGCCUUCCUUGGAGUUCUUAAGGGAACUUCAAGGCCUUCCUUGGAGUUCUUAAGGGAACAAGAGCCAUAUCCCAGAUGGAAUAUGGUAAUCCUGAUGAGGGUAGCAACAACAGCUGAGACACCUGGCUAACUGGUGGUCUCUGGAGACCUAGUAACUUGGAGAAUUGUCCUAUCUGGUGGAUGGGCUGGUCCUAUUGUUUGAGGCAGAUUACUGAUGAAACACACAACCAAGUUCACACCUGGAUAUUGCAGCCUUCCUUGCUUCAGUUGACACAUAAUGGCCAUUAAAUAUUCCUAGCAGGUUUGUUUGGGUGGUCUUUAUUUUUAAACGUGGAAUGGCUUAUAUAAGCUAAAUCAAUACAAAAGUACUGCAUUGUACCACAGGUGAUUCCAUGAAAAGUCUCAUGAAACAUAACAUUCAGUUAGGUAUCUGAAAGAUUUAUUCUUCCAGUUACAAUACUAUGAACUCAUUUUGGGGAGGUGAGAUUCAGUUGAGAUAGUUUUAUAAACUGAUAAAAAACCCAGUUCUGAACCAGUAUGACAAAUGAAACAUGGUAAGAAAGACACAAGAUUCCAUAGGUCAUAGGGAAUGUAUUUCCAUAUUGGUAAAGCCAGUUACAAAUCCUGAGUGUUUGGAGCAUCUUCAAUUUGAGAAACCUGUAGCUUUAUCCACCAAUUAAUUCAGAACACUUGGAUUCAACCCAUUUUGUUCUCGUGAUAUAAAUGGGAUAAGAUCAUCUUAAAUUGUAAUUGUAUUACAUUGUCUUCCCCACUUUUCCUCCAAGGAGCUUAGUGGCAUUUUAUCCUCACAGCAAACGUAUGUUAGGAUUGAGAUAAUUGCCUGGGGGAUGGGUCCAUAGCUCAGUGGUAAGGUAAAGGUAAAGUGUGCCAUCAAGUUAAUUUCGACUCCUGGCACCCACAGAGCUCUGUGGUUUUCUCUAGUAGAAUACAGGAGGGGUUUACCAUUGCCUCCUCCCGCGCAGUGUGAGAUUAUGCCUUUCAGCAUUUUCCUAUAUCGUUGCUGCCUGAUAUAGUAGCAGUGGGAAUUGAACCGGCAACCUUCUGCUUGUUAGUCAAGCAUUUCCCCGCUGUGCCACUUAAGUGACUAGCUCAGUGGUACAGCAUCUGAUUUGUAUGCAGAAGGCCCCAUGUUUAAUCACAGGCAUCUCCAGGUAGGGCUAAGAAAGACUGCUGGUUGAAACCCUGGGGAGCUAUUGCCAAUCAGUGCAGAGAAUACUGAACUUGAUGGACCAAUGUUCUGACUUGGUGUAAAGCAGCUUCUUAUGUUACUAAGGCCACCCAGAUGGUUUCAUCAUGUGUGGGGCUCUAAAUGUGGGUUUCUCACACAAAAGCUCAAUAUCAUCCAUCCCAUUCAUGACAUCCAAACUUGCAGUGAUUCUCCAGGUUCUCAAGAAAGAAGAUAUUUUCAACCUUCCUAUCUGAGAUCCUGUCACUGGCCAUGAUGGCAAUAGAACCUAGAUGCUCUACAAAAGGAGAUAAUUUGUAGCUAAUGGCUGACACACACAAAACUGUGUUGCAUGCAACAAUUCAUGCAUGAGUUAAAGCCCCAUGUAGUGGCUCCAGAGAGCAGGCUGACUUGUACAUUAUCAUCUGCAGUAGAAGGUGAACGGGAAGGCACUGUUCUUCUACACCAGGGCUGUACAGCUUCGGCCCUCCUGAUGUUGUUGGACUACAACUCCCACCAUCCCCAGUCACAGUGGCCAAUAGUCAGGGAUGAUGAGGGUUCUAAUCCAGCAGUAGCUGGAGGACAAAAGUUGUGCAGCCCUGAUAUUCUGUACUAUAUAUCUAAAUUAGAAUAUGCCUCUGGAUCCAGAUGUAUAUCCACAUCCCAUUUCUAAUAACCUAGUGUUGGAUCACAUGCAUCUCCCAAUCCAGCAUUAGGAACCAAGUAAGCAGACCUGAUUGCUGGAUGCAGGCGUCCGGUCAGGGGAUCUUCAUAGCCAGCCCCCUGUUGCACCCACAGAUUUUAACCCAGUUAGGAAAUCUGCAUGUAGAUCUCCCUUGCUGGAUUGGGACCAUUGUUUCCAUUUGCAGUAUUUACAAUCAUAAAAAAAAAGCCUGCAGAUCUUAAAAUGCCUGGUAUUUAAUGACUUUUUAAAACACAUUUUUAAAGAUUUCAAACACUUGGGUUGAUGAUUAAGUAUAACUUAGUUUGUUACACCAAGUAGAAAGGGCUUUCAAAGGAUAGGUAGGACACAAUCACUGCUGGCCUAGUAACAAUGAGUGUGGGGUAUUAGUGAGUAGAUAAUCUAAGGAAGGACAGUGGAAAAUGAUGAUUAAACAACUGCAAUAAUACAAGGACUAGAAAUUAGCCCUUCUCGAAAAGCAGCCUAUUUUAACACCACAUGUGGGUUUCUUUUGUGGGAGUGGUUGCUUUUUUAUUUUUAUUUGUUUUAGUUAGCCUACCUUAUAAAGGUAUCACAUGUUGCUUUUAGACUUUGAAACUCACUGCAUUCUUUCAAGUGCAGUGUGAUAUUUUUCCUAUCUAAACUUUUCCUACUUACUAACAAACGAUUUUAAAGCACUUGCAGAAUCAUUGUAAUUGCAUUCUUUACAUAAAAUAUUGAAAAUACUCUUUUUUUACUCAGAAGUGCCAAAGGCUACUCUUUUUAAUAAUGGCUUCUCAGAAACAUUAUUACAUUCAAGAACAAAAACAAUGUAAUAAGAUAUACACUGGACUUCUUGACUUCUGUGUGUAUCUCGUUUAUGGAGCCUUUUGUAAAAUUAACCUUUGUUUACAUUCCACUGAUACCUUAAUUUCAAGCAAAUCAAAUAAAUUGACAGGUGGCAUCUUCUAGUUUUUUCUUACUUGCUAAAACAGGCACCAAUUUCUUUGUUAGGCUGUGCUUUACUAAGAAAAAAAUUGAGUAAAAUAUGAAAUAUGUUUUUAAAUGAGAAUUCUAUAUAAAGUAUUGUGUUCUAAUAAAAUGUUAUGCACUGUUUUAAAAUAAACUAUUUGUAAAUUGCUAUAAAUGUAUUUUGUUAAAUAAGUACAGAAUCAAUGCUACUGUGUGAGUUUCUUGUGCUAAUAUCAUUAAAAAUAAAGAUAAAAUUCCGCAUUGAA